UUAACUAUUCACCAUUUCAGUCAAGUCUUGCCAAUCAUAUCCAGCAGUAAGUUUCAUCUUGAUUUUAUUGCAAUAGGUGAAUCUUUGCAGCUGAAACGUCAAUAUGAGUUGCAUAAAGCAGCGGCCACUUUCCAAUUAUCGGCCGGUACGUGCUUUAUUAGCCAUGCACUGCAAGUGUAAGGUGACGUGGCGCCCAGUCAUUAAGCUUUAAUCUCCUUCUCCUUUACAUCUCAGGUUAAUCCUUUUAGUGAAAGUAAACAGAAUUGCAUUGUUUUCUUAAAUCAAUACUAAUUUGUCAUGAGGAGUGAUAUAUUUCUCACAGGAAUGAAUUGAAGACUGCAGACAAAAGGCCAGGCAUGGCUACUCUUCGAUUUACAAGCGUCCUAGUUUGUGCUAUUUUACUAGGACAAGGAUCCUCCGAGGAAACAGGUUAGGCUAGAGAACAGCAAAGAGAUGUCAUUCUCAAGGAGCUCCUCUCCAAAUUGAGUAAAGGAGGUGCUCGGAAUCCGCAAAAGAGCUCCGGGGAGACGGGCAAAGACGUACUUGUGCAUCCUUGGGUGAAUAGUAUUCUGGGGGGCCUUCAAACACUGAGUGGACUACUUCCUGGUACCAACCCGGCUUCACUAAACCAGCCCAUUGACCGCCGUCGUCUCUCUGGUUUCCUCUACAAUGUCUCUCAGUACCUCCAAGAUAUGGAGGAGGCGCCUUUGGAUUCGCAUGACGAACAGCUGUGGGAGAAGGUGCUCCAUUUUUUUUUGCAAUCCGAAGGGAGCGCUGCGCAGAACCAAUGGAACGGCCGUGUGCCGCCUCGUCCCAGCAUCCAAGUGAAGGACUGGUUCCUGUCCCUGAGAGGCAGCCCCCACUGGGACGGGCUUCUGGGGCUCCUGCAGAGCCUCACGACCCUCCUGCAGCGUCAGCCUCACAAGCCAAUUCUGUCUUUGUUGGCUCAAAACUGGAGGACGGUGAGCGCUGUGUUAGAGGCCGCUUUCCAGGCGCUGAUAAGUGGGACAUACGGACAGGCCAGCGCCGGCCUGCAGGGCUUCAUAUGCGCACUGAAAGGCCACACUGACUGCCCAUUUGGUGUCGGCUGGCUUCAGUAUGUGCUCCGCGUUAUGGAAACACUCAGCUGGAAGCCCGUGGUCAAUUUGCACUCGGCAGAUGCUGAACACAGGAGAGGCUCGAGUGGACGUCUUAAGCCCUUCAGCUUGCCCCCUGAGGCCAUGAAACAGGAUGCCUUGCUGCAAAAUCAUUUUCGAGAUGACUCAAGCGCAACGCGGGAUGAUCCAGAUUCCAUGCAAAAUGUAGUCCUGCAAACGCUGACACGCUCAAGUGGAGGCAAUUUGGCUCAGGAAAAUCUGGCUCUCGUGCAAAGUUUGGAUAGGCUCAGGAUGGGCCUUCUGCACAGACUGGGCAGUUCUGUUUAUGGUAACUUGAGGAAGAAAGUGUCACAGGUUACCGUGGCAAUGCUCGAUGACGUCGACGAUGUGGCGGACGUAUCCCAGCCCAGUAGAAGGGGACAAUGCUCAGUUGGUGAUCUGAGGCAAUUAAUCUUAUGGGGUAUAAGGCAUAACGUGACCUGGAACACGCAAGCUUUGGGUGUGAGCACCCAGGGUCUCCCAAGUUCGCUGCCAUUCCUGUCAUGUCUCCCCAGUGAUGAAAAUAAGUUUGGACAAACAUCUCCCCACUUAACUCCCAAAUCCUCACCUUCUCAUCAAAUCAAUCCAAAAGGCCUUCACGGUCAGCGCAAUCAGCCUCAACUAAAGAGUGAGAGUGACCUACAAAAAGAGAUGGAGUACUCAACCACUGCAGAAAUUCUGGAGGCGGCGUGCAAUGAAUCCAUUCCAGGAUUGAGCGGUAUCUCCAACUUCACAGUGUUCCUCUACUGUAAACUUUUGGAAUGGGAGAAUGGGUCAGUGAGUCCUGCUGAUGGUGAAAUGGGUCUGGACCUGCACGCCACAUGCUCUGAUGCAGCUUGGUACCUGUCUGCGGCCGAGGAGGACUUCCUGUGGGUUCAUGUGUGCAGCGAGUUCUUUGCGUAUGAAUUCAACAACACGGUCUGUGCCAAUUCCACUUUCUGGCUGCACAGAGCACAUCAGGCUGCCAGGACACACAACUAUAAUGCUUUUAACCAGACAAGUAUAAAGCAGUUGUGCGCGCACCUAUCGAGCGGUACGACAGCAAGCCCAGUGCCCGAGGAAGGCUGUCUAGCUCAGUUGGGGAGCAGGUUGGUGAGUGCCCGGGCUUUCCGGCGUUGCUUCCUGCCCAACAGUUCAGCCCUUAUCUCAUCGUUGUGUGGGAGGGAACCCCCAGGAUCCCACCGCUUCCUCCCAGAGGGGAGCUGGGCCGCGACGUACUGCUUUCGACAGCACAACCUCUCCCGGGUCGAUGCCACCCAGGAGACUUGUGAGUACAAGGAGUGGGCUGUACAGACGUUCCUCAAUGUGACCAUGCUGGAAGCGUGUGGGCAGACGCACGGACUGAGAGAGCACAUGUGCUUAAAUGCGUCGCUCUACCGUCAGCUACUGAAAUCAAUGCCCAGCUUGUAUGACGUUUGUGCUGAUCUGCAAACAGAGGUCGAGGACAGCAAGUGCCUACUCCAGAGGUUUUUUGACAUCCUCCCAGCCCAAUAUGAGUUCGACACGUCACAGCUGUGCGUGAAUCCCGCCCCACUGAUGUUGGAUGUCUUACACAAGCUCAGUGUGUGUCAGGUUGAUGGAGAAGAGAACCAAUGGUUUUUCGUGACGCUCGGAUACGUGUUGAGAGUGUUGGACUUCAUGGUCGGCCUCUCUUCGGGUCUGGAUGAGGGGGAGGGAGAAGCUCGGCAAGGUUUGGGUCAGGCCAUCCUCCUCUCCAGUCUCCUUGACAACGCAUCCUGGAGUGCGUUGCAGCCGGAGGCCUCCACCAGCGUCCUUCACACUGUGGGAGUCUUCCUCCGACGGGAGCAGAACGCAAGCCUCAAAGAGGACCUGCUGAGUUGUUUCAGUCCUGUCUUGUGGGAUCUGAUUGAGCAGGACAACAACUCAUCUGCUCUACGGGUUCUAUUGCAGGAAUACCUCCAGAUGCCGGAAGACAGCAUUCGCACUCUGGUAAUGGCCGCCGAGAAAAAUGCCGUCAAGAGGUUCCUUUCUCAUAUGCAUCAAAGCUGGGAUCACCUCCAAGUCGAAACCAGCCGGGCGUCCCAAAAAGAGCUGCAGGCCAUGGAAACAAUGACUGCUGCUUUUAUCCAUAAAUUCCCUCGAGUGACCCCAGAACUCUUUGUGGACCUGUCCCAGUUCCUUCCGUUCAUGUCUGUCUCCGACAUCAUGAGCUUCCCAGCCUCCGUCAUUGUGAAUGACAGCGUGUUGGCUGCCAUCCGCGAACACAGCUCAGAGUUGAAGUCGUCGCAGAAAAAGGCCUUUGUAAAAAGACUUCUCCAGUCAAGUGUGGUGGGUGAUGUCCCCAGCUGGCCACCGUACUUCCUGAGCUCCAUCCUCCCGCUGCUGCCUUACCUUCCAGUCAGUCGUUUUCAACAGCUGACGUCACAACAGCUUACUCCUCUGGUGGAGUUUCUGGGCAAUAGCAGCUUGGAUGGUGUGAGAGGACGCCAUGUCGUUCGGACCAUUUUCACCAAAAAGAACAAUGUCACCGUUGGUAACAUAUCAAGGCUCGGUGUUCUUUCGUGCUACUUGGAUCCACUUGACCUGCAUUCUUUUCUUUUGGACUCUGCACUAUGGUUCACUCUUCAGAGGCAGCUGGUAAAGUGCGUGUCCAAGGGCUUCAUUAGCGCUAGCGGCAGGCUUUCGGCCUGGUUGGUCCCAGCAAUGCGGAUGUUGAAUGCCAGCAGCAUGGCUCCCGCAGCGCUGACUGGCCUCAGUGCUCUCCUUCCGCAGUUAGGAGCAUCCUUCUUACAAUCGCUUCCUUCACAGCAGCUUCUAGAGCUCCUCUCCAAACCAGGAAUAGGCAAAUAUUCUCCUGCUCAGGCUUUUCAAAUUUUGUCCAAGAUUUCAAAAUAUACCAAUCUCACAGUGGAAAAAUUGUGCCGACUGAAGCCAUUGCACUCGGGUCUCUCUCCCGCUGUGCUCAGCAGCCUCCACUGGUCUGAAAUCAGUGAAAUUGCCCAGUGUCAGUGUUGGAGAAGCAUGUUGACAGACCUGAAGCCUGGCCAGAAAGCAAUGCUGUACAACGCAAUGCAGGAGGCUUUAUUAAGAUACUUACCCAACAUCACUCAGCAUGUAAACUGUCUCCUGCCAUUAAUCCCUCUGAGGAAACUGACUGAGGCCCUGAAGAGGGAAGGCAUCCCGAGAGACAUCAGCUUGUUCCGACACACUAUCUGGUCACCGCAGCAGGCUCAGCUUUUAUUUAAAUGGAUGCAUGAUUCUACAAACAUCACCAGCAAGAUGCUGAGAGACCUGGGUCAGGUUGCAGGUGGAAUGCCAUGUGACUUUUUGAGGCUUUGGAGCAAUGACAGUGAUUUUGCAGAGUUGCUUCAAUUUGUCACUAUGUUGCAAGGAAACUUGAGACCUGCACUGCGGAAAUGUAUCGUAGCGGAAGUGAGAAAACAUCCUCAACUUGUCAGCACUUUAAGCCCUUGGUUUUCCGCAACAUUACCAGUGACCAUGAUAGAUGACCUUUCCAACACAUCCCUCAGGGCUGUUCUGGACCAUGUUCAGGCACACUUCAUCGAUUUCCUCCAACUACCACAUUACAAGCAGACAAACAUUGCCGAAAAGGCUGGUUCCUCUUCCUAUAAUUUAGGUGAGAUUGAUGGCCCCGCUCUGGACUUUCUGGGCCCUCUUCUGCCUUUCUUGGAUAGAGACAGUUUAGUUCUGGUAAACAGAGGUGCUCUGGCUUUGCGUCUGGAGGAGAUGAGAAGCUUCUGUCUUCCCAAAGAAGCCCUGAGAGAUAUCAGUGAUCUGCUCACACACAAAGACUUCAUGGGGGAGCCGUCCAAGUGGCAAGCUGGAGACAUUGAACAUUUGGGAAGGCUGGUGUUCUCCCUGUCAACAAAACAGGUUAACUCCAUCCCACUGAGAGUCUUGAAUAAAGACACAGUGGAGCAGGUUCUCGUGGGUCAAGAGCGCUGGGAGGACAGCGCAGUGGGCGGAGUCUGUUUGAAGUGGCGCAUGGACCAACGUCGUCAAAGAGAGAAGAUGCAGAGUCUCAUGAGAGGGAUCGUAAAAGUCCAAGACACUGUCCCUAGCUGUGCUGACAUCAGAGGUACGUUCCCUUCCGCAUGGACGUCAACUCAGUUGAGCCGCAUGUCACAAGUUGACCUCAAAGAGUGUGUGGAAGUCUUCGGUCAGGAUACUUCAUUAAGCUCCGAGCAGCGCCGAGCGCUCUGGGUCAAACUUCGUCAGGCAUUCAGUCCAGUGAGUGAGCUCAGAACAGAGCAGGUUCUGGCUCUCGGUUCUCUGGUGACCGAGAUGACAGUUCGAGAACUCUAUGACACCUCUUUGACUGAUCUGGCUGUUUUGGCUCAUCUGGGGACACUGUCAUCCUGGCGCACGAAUAAGAUGAGAGCCGUCGUUUCGGGCACGAUGCGCAAGUGCAACCUGAAAAUCGAGCAGUUAUCUAUGGUGGAUCUGGCAACGUUCGGCCAUCUGAUCUGCGGACUGUAUCCAUCGGAGAUUAAAAGAAUCAGCGCUUACAAUUUCAGCAUGGCGGUGCAGUUCCUGCGGGAAAUGUCCUUGCCAUGCACGGAACAGCAGAUGGAGGCUUUGACAAGUCGUUUGUCCAGACCGGAGGCCUUUGGUCCAGUCGGUGCUUGGGGACCGGAAGUUUUCACUGAAAUUGGGACACUGGCAGCGGGCCUGGAAGACAUUGUUUUGUCAGCUCUGACACAAGAACAAGUGGAAGGCAUUACCGCUGAAGCAAUCAGCCUGCUGUCACCCAAAAAGAUGACAGUGGUGUUCAGUGCCACUCAGUUGUCCUGGCUGAGUGCGGAGCAGGCGUGGGCCAUCACGGAGGACCAGUGGACCGAACUGGACAACGAGCAGAGACAUGCAGUCGGACUCGCUCGUUAUGAAGGAGAUGCACUGCUCGAGUUGAGAGGGAGAAACUCGGCUGCAGCAGGCCUGAACGCAAACUGCUUUGCUUUAAGCUUUGUGGCUCCGAGUCUCUGGUUAUGGCACCUCAUUUAAAAUGCUUGAACAUAUCUAAUUAGAAUUCGAUCUCCCUUGAUAUCCGCACGUUUGUACAUAAAAUAAACAUUGUGAAUCGUUUUAUUGCUUCUCUGAGUUGAUUCCUUUAGUUAAUGAUGCGCAAGAUUCAGUCUAAUUGAAUUUUUACAGAAUGAAUUAUUCAUUGUUUGGUAUUCAUUUUUAGACCAAUUAGGAUUCAGAAGAAAUACAUCUUUGGUCCAUGUUGCAAAUGUGGUUAAAUAUAAAUGAAUACAUGUUUUGAGGAUGAAAACUACAAUCCAAAUUUUCGCUCGAGCUUCACCGAUUAUGCUUCGCUUUAAUGCGCUUUCCAAGGGGAUAGCUGUCGCUCCUGCAGCGGUUAUAAAUAGUCAACACAUCCCUGUUCAAAUUCCAAGUUUUUUUGUAAUGUUAAAAAAUAAUGGACCAAGAUGCAUGGCUU